ACGUGUAGAACUACAUCCGUACGCUGCAACAACUGCCUGCCUCUUAGCUGCACGUCCUGCACCUGCAUGGUAUUCCCCCCACUCGUUCCCAGAUCCUGCAUCAGACCAAUCUCCCCCCCCAAAAGGAACCUAGACAAUGCCCAACCGCCGCGCCGAGCUCCUCGAGGCCGCAACAGCCUUCUGCGAGGCCUUUGCGUCGCAGCAGCCAGCCGCAGCCCUGCUCGAGCACUUCGCGCCCUCGGACGACGACGUGGUCGUUCUCGAGCACGGGCUCCCGGCGCUGGCGCCCUUCCUGGGCCGCGAGUACCGGGGCCGCGACGGCGCGGCGCGGUACCUGGCUGACGUGUCCGCCUGCGUCGCCUUCCGCGACAUGCGGUUCGGCGAGUACGCCGUCGACGCCGAGGCCGGCAGGGUCGCGGUCCGGGGCUCCGCGACGUUCACGUGGAAGAGCACGGGGCAGGGCUGGGAGGAGGUGUUUGCCUACUUGUUGGCCUUUGAUGGGGACCGCAAGGUUGUUAGGUAUGAGAUCUGGGCUGACUCGGGCGCUGCCUAUCUUGCCAGCCAGGGAAAGCUGGCUGAGGCUACGUAAUGUCUGCGCUGAUUUUACUCGUUGGGUGUGGUAAGAGGGGUGCGAGCGAGACAGAGUGUGUGUGUGAGAGAGAGAGAGGAGAAGAGGCAGAAAAAGCAUGGAUGGCUGCUGCCUACUGAUGAGGCUCUCGAUAUAGGUAGUUAGCUUCGCGGGGCAGUGAGCGUGCCGGUCAAAGGAAUUAUGAAUUCCACGAAAAGUACGUGUGUCGCUGUUUGGGAUGCCAUUUUCGGCAACCCAAAGCACCACCGACAGGUACAUUUUUGGAGGGGCGUAUGUAUGUACUUAUUGGAAACCUUAUCGCGAGCCCA